AUGGGGGAUUGGAAUUUCUUAGGCAGUGUCUUGGAGGAGGUGCACAUCCACUCCACCAUUGUGGGGAAGAUCUGGCUCACCAUCCUUUUCAUCUUCCGGAUGCUCAUUCUCGGCGUGGCCGCCGAAGACGUUUGGGACGACGAGCAGAGUGAGUUCGUCUGCAACACGGAUCAGCCCGGGUGCAAGAACGUCUGCUACGACCAGGCCUUCCCCAUAUCCCUCAUCCGCUACUGGGUCUUACAGAUCAUCUUCGUGUCCUCCCCGUCUCUGGUGUACAUGGGCCAUGCGCUGUACCAUUUGAGGGCCCUUGAAAAAGAGAGGCACAGAAGGAAGGCCUUCCUGAAAGCUCAACUCGAGGGGAUCGACCCCAUCCAAGAGGACCAAAAGAGGAUAGAGAGAGAACUCAGAAAGCUGGAUGAACAGAAGCGAGUGAGGAAAGCGCCGCUGAGGGGCUCCUUGCUGCGCACAUAUGUGUUUCAUAUCUUGACCAGGUCUGUGGUGGAGGUGGGUUUCAUUACAGGUCAGUGCACUCUGUACGGCAUCGGACUGUCUCCUCUUUACAAAUGUGAGAGGCUGCCGUGCCCCAACACUGUGGACUGCUUUGUGUCGAGGCCGACGGAGAAGAAUAUUUUCAUGGUGUUCAUGCUUGUCAUCGCCGGGGUUUCUCUAUUCCUGAAUCUCCUGGAGAUAUUCCACCUCGGGGUGAAGAACAUCAAGCAGAGUCUGUAUGGAUACAAGUACGGAGACGAGGACAGCCUGUGCUGGUCGAAGAAAAAUUCAAUGGUGCAGCAGGUCUGUUUACUCUCGAAUUCAUCACCGCAGAGGAUGAUGCCGUUCACACAGACUGCCUAUCCAAUGGCCUCUGAUGGUCAAGGGGACAUUCUUACUCUGACCGUGGCCUCCACAACCUCCCAAGAUCAGGAAGGGCUUGCUGGUAACAGUGUUCUCAAUAACUCCAACCAGCAGCAGACUGAAAUCCAGAGUCUACAGCAGCUGGGGGCAGCCGGGCGGCGCUACACCAUAGACAACAGAAAACAUUCCGGCAGCGAGGAGUCCAACGGACCCCCGGGCCCAGGCCAGACACGGUGCGGAGGUGCACAGCGGCGGCCUUCCCUAGUGGCCACCCACAUGGAGACCUUGCGUAAUCCACUUCGCAAGCAGAGCAGAGUCAGCGUGUGCAAAGACUUCAGUGACACAAGCAAUUCCCCCGAAAGCGGCCACCAUCCUACAGCCAGGAAGGCCAGUUUCAUGUCCCGGGGACUCUCCGAGAGCAACCUUGUCAGUCCGUCUGACAGCUUUGAUUAUCAGAGUGAGAUGGAAGUGGAGGCCCAAGGGCAGAGCCCGAGCCCAACCCCUCCUCCACCAGCCGGCGGGCGACGAAUGUCUAUGAGCAUGAUUCUGGAGUUGUCGUCAAUAAUGAAAAAGUAG